AUGUCUGGAAGGCUGUGGUCCAAGGCCACGUUUGCUGGCUAUAAGCGGGGUCUCCAGAACCAGCGGGAACACACAGCUCUUCUUAAAAUUGAAGGUGUUUAUGCUCGAGAUGAAACAGAGUUCUAUCUAGGCAAGAGAUGUGCUUAUGUGUACAAAGCACAGAACAACACGGUGACUCCUGGUGGCAAACCAAACCAAACCAGAGUAAUCUGGGGAAAGGUAACUCGGGCUCAUGGAAACAGUGGAAUGGUUCAUGCUAAAUUCCAAAGCAACCUUCCUGCUAAGGCUACUCGACCCAGAAUCCGUGUAAUGCUGUGCCCCUCGAGGAUUUAA